AUGAAACAAUCAGUUAACUCCGGAAUGUUCCUUCAAAUCCUCUCCGAUCGAUCGUUCUCCACCGUGAAGGUUAAGGAAGGCUAUUAUGCGCUUGGUUUGGAGUAUGUGAUGGCGUACGCCGGAAAAGACGUGCGAUUGGAUGUUCAGAGUUUUGGGAGUUUGGCUGGUAAGCUUGUGAAGAGGAAGAGGUUUGAGGAGGCGAAGAUUGUUUUGAAAGAGAUGGUUAAGUUUGUUGCAUCUGUAAACCUCUCUCUGCUUGUGGGAUUGCUGGUUUCAGUUUGA